GGCUGGCACGUGAUGCCAACGAGUCGCCGGGCGCCAAAUUCAAACCGGGAAACGACUUGCGCAGCGAGCGCUGGUGGAGUCCGGAAGCGCCUGAGUCGCCUCCUCCCUCUACGUCUCCUUCCUAGCCGGAAAGCUGGAUUUGUUCUUCUCCUUUUCAAUGGAGACUGACUGCACAGAUCAAUAAUGAGGACCAGCCCUCGCAGGCCCUUAAUUCUCAAAAGACGGAAACUGACCCUCCCACAGAAGGAUGCAGCCAGUACUUCAGCAAGAGAUGAGCCCAGUGGUCAGGCUAAAAAGACUCCUAAGCAGGAGUACAGCCAAGGGAGCCAACACAGCAACCAACCCAGACACAAAAUGGACUGUGGCCUGCAGAAAUUCCCAGCAGGAAUAAAGAUCAUCAACCAUCCUAUUAUGCCCAACACACAAGUGGUGGCCAUCCCUACAAGUGCUAAUAUCCAGAGCAUCAUUGAGGCACUGACAGCGAAAGGAAAAGAAUGUGGCAGCAACGGGCCCAACAAAUUCAUUCUUAUUAGCAGUGGGGGCACCUCUCGUUCAGCAGAUCCAGUAGCAUCGCAACAUCUCCCAUCAGAAGAGAAAGCCAGUACAGCACCCAAUGAGGCAGACAGUUGGGAAAGAGAGAAGAAUGUUAUCCAGACCCCUGGUUUUGCAGGAGGGACAAUGCCCUGGCGCUCAGGAAUUGAUUCUAUGGUUGGGCAGGAACAGGAAGGCAAUGGCAGCAGUGAGGCAACUAGCUCUGUAUUGGAUAAUAGUCUCACUAACAUCCAGUGGCUGGGAAAGAUGAGAUCUGAUGGGCUAAGUCCAUGUUCUGUGAAGCAGGAAACUGAGAAAGAGAACCGAAUUCCUCUGCAGGAAAGAAUCAAGACUGAAGAAGAUUCUGCUGCUACUGUUCCUUCCUCUUCCUCCUCCUGGCAGGAUUCAGUAUCAGAACGACCCCCUUACUCCUACAUGGCCAUGAUCCAGUUUGCCAUCAACAGCACUGAGAAGAAGCGUAUGACUCUGAAGGACAUCUAUACCUGGAUUGAAGAUCAUUUCCCUUAUUUUAAGCAUGUGGCCAAGCCAGGUUGGAAGAACUCUAUUCGGCACAAUCUGUCCCUUCAUGAUAUGUUUGUCCGUGAAACAUCUGCUAAUGGUAAAAUCUCCUUUUGGACUAUUCACCCUGAUGCCAACCGUUGCCUGACGUUGGACCAGGUGUUUAAGCCGCUGGACUUGGGGUCACCAACAUCGCCUGAGCACUCUGAAUCACAGCAAAAGCGACAUGUUCAAGAUCCCCAGAAGAACAUGGGAAGCAACAGCAGCAGCAAAACUGAACUUCAUAAUGCACGCCGAAAGAUGAAGCCUUUGCUUCCUCGCAUCAACUCCUACCUUGUUCCGAUCCAGUUUCCUCUGAGUCAGCCUCUUGUCUUGCAGCCUUCUAUGAAGGUCCCUCUGUCCAUGGCACAAGGGACAUCCCUCAACAGCUCAGAGACUGUCCGGAGCAAUAAGCGUGUGCGCAUUGCUCCAAAGGUAGGCUUGCAUCUGGGAUGAGCACUUGGACAAACAGACUUCCUGUGUAAACAGAAGUGUGCAACAUCACCAGGAUUCUCCCUGGGACCUUAUCAUCAACUGGCCAUCACAAGACCAUCAUGCACGCACACAAAGAUUAAAGUCCCUCAGAAACUGCGCUCAGCCUGGGAAGAUGAUGGCCACUGGCAUGGCUAGGGUUACAACAUCUGGCUAGAUGUGAUGAGACUGCCACCCCUUUUUCCUAGAAGGCCAGGUGUACCGUAUGACAGCAACAUAUGGCGAUAGAUUACAGCACUUAAGACCUAUGGGGCAUCCCACUUUCCUGUCCCUACUCCUUACAUGAAUGGGAAUACCUACCUGAAGUUCAUCAGGGAGUGUGUUGUGUCUGUGAACCAGAGAAAUAAGAAAGUAGCAGAGGUGCAAGCACAGAAAGAAUUAGACACAUAUGAGCAACUGAAGAUGAGGAGUGCAUGCGAAGCUCACCCUCUAGAGAGCAAAGGACACAUCUCACUUCUUAAGGGCUUAAAACAGUAAGAAACAGAUUUUUCCCCUCCUCUGCCCCUAGGUUUUACUGAGAACAUGCCAGAACACAGGAACACAGUCACUUUUCCACUGGGGAAUGAUGGACUCUCCACUGUGUAGGAAGCACCUAGUAUUGCCCUUGUCCAAAGUAACUCAGCAGAUGGAAACUUCUCCAGGAUUUGGUUUGAAUCCUUGCUGGUGACACUGCUGAUAUCUCCCCUGUACAGGAUAAGCUGAAGAACAGGAGAUCAAACACAAGGCCAAAGGACUCCUUGCUUCUGAGUCACUAGCUGACCUCAAGAAACGUGAGUCAAUGGCUCUUUGCUUCUGCUUCCCUGCCUGUCAAGCACCAAUAAUACCUACCUUCUUUUGCAAAGCACUUGCAUGCUUUAGGUGACCUAUGGAGAGGCAAUGUAAGUGGAAACAGAGCUGUCUUCUGUCUUUCUUCAGUAUAUAACCCUUCACUGCUCAUGAACAACAGCUGUUUCUCCUGUAUAUCUGCCAGUACACAUUACACAGUCCUCAACACUAUUCAGCUUUCUCAAAAAAUCCCAUUUCCCUCCCAGUCACCUCACUUUCUGCUGCUGAGAGAACAUGUGCACGUAACUAACAUUUGAGAGCCAGCUAACUAAGGAUCAUGUCCUCAAUGCACUGUAAAAUGCUCUUAUCCUUCAGAUGGUGUCCAGUUCCAAGUUGGGGAUCCACAAUCCAAGUCAGUAGAGGUGCUCUGAAGACCACCUCACAUUGCUGAGCAGACAGCAAGAAAUGGCCUUUUUGCCCUGUCACAGCCCUGGCAGGAGGUUUCAACACUGCAGCCAGUUCCUUUUCCUACUGGAGAAUGGUAGUACCAUUCUCAUGGCAGCUACGAGACAGGGCAAAUACCUGGGUGUUGGGGUCCAACACUACAGGCACUGUGAACUUGUGCAGCCUUCACACUCAUCUAUUUGCAUCCUGUGGCCAAAGAAAAGGGAGAAAGACUUGAAACAGGGAUUUUAGCUGAAUUUUAGCACACUUGCUGUGGACAUGGCUAUUUGCAAAGGCAACUAGAAGGGCAAUGUAUGCAGCUAGUGAGUAUGUUCAUUCGCUAGUUCUCACACUGCUCAGAAGAUUUCCACAGAGGGAGUUGCAAGGUCUACAUCUGAACAUCAUUCACAGGACAGUCAAAGAAUGAAGAAAAAGGUGAACAAAAAAGGAGAACUGAAAAUUGUCUUCUGCAUUCAGUGACUGCUCAGUGCAGAACUAAGGUGUGCAUGCAGUGAAGGCUGCAUUCCAGUACCCGCAGUAUUUAGAACAGAGGCUGCAGAUGGUCUUAUAGAGGAGAUGUCUACUAGCUUAGGAGGCUGGCUGCUUGGAUUGUUAUAUGGCUUUAUGGCAGAGAUUCUGCAAUUUUAGUAAGCAAGCUGAGAAACUGCCAUUCUGCGUGAGCCCUGGAGAAUCAUCUGUUACAUACACAGGUACAAUGAAAACAAACUACAGGGACAAUGGAAUUAUCUGUGAGAAAAAUGGGAAGGAAGUGUGUCUGAUCAUAAGUGUAAAAAUAUAUUAACUAGUAAAAUCAUGAAUGCGAAUGUCUGUAAUAGCAACAAAGGAGGGUCUGGCUGAAGAACAUAUUUCUGGCAUAUUUCUAUGCCAACAGGUAUAGAAAACAGUUCAAAAGCAUGGCAAAUACUUGUGUAAGCAAGAAACAUUUGUUCACAAAGGUUACAUAGUGUUCCCUCUGAGUCCAGUCUCCAGAGUUUAACAACUUCAUUUAGGAUUUAGCAAACUUCUUUUGUUCAACUCCAUGCUUUCCCAUAUAACAGAACUCUUGACUUGCACCAUUUACCUUCUUGUUAUGUUUUGACUAUAGUGGUGCCAAAGACUUAUUUCCUCUACCACUAAGUAUAAUUAGAGCCACCACUAGAGAGCAGUCAUAUCAAAAAAUAAGGGGGACAGUUUCCUAAGCAGUCCUAUCUACUGCUCCCAUGGUAGAUUUCCCAGUGUUUUGUCCAACCUAAUUCAAAGCUACUCUUGGUGUUGAUUUCAUCACAUCCCUUAGGAAGACUACUUCAUUGCUCAGCAAAUCUCUCUGUCUAUAGUGUUUCCCUGAUACUCUGCCUGGAUAUCCUUUCCUUUAUUCCAUCCUGUUACCUUCACCACCAUAAAGUUGUACAAAAAGCUAAAAAGCAGUCACACAUUUGCAACACUGUCUGAGUGACUGCAGCCAUGUUGUUUAAAAAAGUGAGUUUUGACAACUUCUCCUUGUGUUCUCUCCCUGCUGGUAUUUACAUUUUUUUACAUAUAUUUUUAUGUAUUUUGUAUAUGUUUUUAUAUGGUAUUUAAAUUUAUGGGGAUGAGUUGUUACUGCAGGAAAACUAUGAUGAAGAGAGGUUCUUCACAGUGUGAAAGAGUCAUGGAUAUUUGCAUCUUUAGUAGUAAGAAUUUUCACAUCUCCAGGCCAGUUGGGGAAGAUUCUGCUGCUGCCUUCUGCAAUUUCUGUAAUGGUUGCUCCUGGUGAAAUCCAUUUUCUUGGAAGGCUGCUGUCACAAAGGGAGAAGGGCACUUGCUCUUAAUAGCCCAGGAUCAGCCCAUGGAAGAUUUGGAGAAUCAAAUCAGAUCAGGUGUUGGAAGGUAGAAAAGUGUAGCAUGAGACAGAAAAGGGGGAACUGUGCUUGUACUAGCCUUGACUGCUCAGCUAAGCAACUGUUUGGAGAAUGUCAGAUUAUAUCUGUAGAGUUUGCUGUUGCAGAUUUUUGCUGAGGUAUCCCGUAUUUGAGCAACUGGACUAUUAAGAGGUGCCAUUGCUCAGGACUGAAGUGAUGGAAAAGUAGGACAGCUGGAACUCAAGUAUUCUGUACAUUAGGGCAAGAGACAUAACCAGAGAAGUCAUGGUGGGGAUAGUGUGGGAGGUGGCUGCAGGGUAGGAGUGUGAGGUGUUGAAGCUGUUUGUCGUGAACCAAACACAAGAGAAACGAGAUGAUGGGGCUACUGGGCAGAAGUAAAACACUGUGUAAGAAACAAAACCAAAGGCCUUAUAUUAGACCAAGGGGAGCCAUUUAAUGGAACUGAGGUACACGGGCAGAGCAGGGAGGUGGCUGAGCAGGACAGAAAUUCUUCUGCAGUCAGGUCAGAAACAUAGCAGAUAACUUUGUUGAGCACAAACCCAUCAUCCUGUCCUAAUAUGCAAAAACAUACAUUCAGUGCUCAGAGCACUAAGGUUGCAGUAGUCCUCUGUUCCUGUGGGAAGUUGCAUUAGAGUUCUAAGGAAGAAUCCCUGUCCUGUUUGGGGCAUUUUCUCCACAUCCUCCCCAGCUCACAGAGAUACUGCAGAAAUUCCCAUCUCUGAAGGCAAGCAGCCCAUCUCUUCUUUGAGCUCACAUACUGUUGCAGGAGAACUAAAGCUCUGGAAUGUAAAGAUUGUUUCGCACAUAGUGAUUGUUGGUUGAAUCAGAUGAUGACCAAAAGAAGGAAUCUAUUAUUUAUUACAUGAAACAAUAUUCAAACUAUUAUUGUUUUUCUUAUUACUAAUGCUUCCAUUAUACACAGACAAUAGAUAACCUAACACUGACACUAGGCAUCACAUGGGUUGCCCAGGUAGAUGUUUCCUUAUUCACCUUGCCAUGAUUUCAUCCAAUUGCCAUCAGUCUCUGGCAUACCAUGCAUUUGUACUGCUUGUUUCGACCAGUCACCUCAAAGCUACAGCUCACAUAUUUGUUCCUGGCAGACCUCAGUCUCCAGGGAAAGGCUGUGUGGACUCCUACACAGCACAUCCUAUUCCCUUGAGAUAUACUUUGUCGCACUACAUUGAAUGCACACAAAGAAUGAGAUUCUGCUUCCCAUGUAGCUCAACAGCAUGAAGAUUCUCCCCUUUCUUUGGUAACAUAACCUCAGUUUUAUCUCAUUUAUCUCUGGAAAUCACCUCAAUGACAUGCCACCAAAUCCUAAUGGUUAAAACCAUGUAUAUGAUAGCCUAGUUUUGAGCCUAUUGCAGCCUAAUAGAAGCCACCCAUGAAACCCUCCUCUGGGGAGCAAACUUUUGCUCUUACAGCUUCAGAUACCAGCUUACCACUGUCGAAGAUCAAAGCCCUUAUUUCUAUGCAGGACAGAGGGCUUACAUCUAAACUGUAGGGCCCGGAAGUGCUUUCCAGUGCCCAUUCUGGCUGUAUGUCCUGACUCCACAGCAGUAUGAGAUGGGAGCAUGCCUCAUUCUCUCCUCCUAGGUAGUGGUAGUGUAGGUAAGAGGUACAGACAACACACAUGAAGCAAAUAUCUCAUCACACAGACUGGGAUGGAGCCACAGAAUGCACCUGCAUGCAGGUUGGAUUUAGCUCUACUCACCUGUGACCACCACAUUAUUAAAGGUUAUUUAGUUAAAUGACUGUACUGCAUAAUAUAUUCAUAUUGUUCUAAAAGAGGGUACCAUCUAGCACCCUAUAUAUCCUGGGAGUCAGAGUAGCCCCUGACUUCUACAGUGGAAAUUUAGAUUAGGCCCUUUAUUUCUUAAGAUAUGGUUUCCCCUGAAUUGUACUUUCCGUGGAUUAAGAAAAAGCUCUUGAUCCUGUUAUGGUCUGGUAUUACAGAGGAAUGGAGCUCACUAAUGAGGAGCUAGACAAGCAGUUGUUGUCUUUCACUUAAUUCUCCCCUCCACCCUCACACAGGGUGGUUUGGUUGACCUGGUCUGUGAACAAAGGACAUGAGCAUGGUGCAACCUUAAUAGGAUCCUGUAUAUUUGGUCUUACAGAUAAGCUUUAGAAAAUGCAUUGCUUUUGUACAGCAAUGUCAAGGGUGUGUAAACAAUAAAUGGUGGUUCAGCUGAAUGAAACUCAUUUGAAUCGGAGUAAUUAAUUUCAUUUUAUUUAGUUCGAAUUGGAGUAAUUGCUCAGCUGCCCAAAUUCUUUGUUUUUUGGCUUUGUUGUAGAAUACCUCUAUGCUUGUAGCUUUGUCAGGAGGAAUGCAAACUUCACGCAAUUUACAGUAAUGUGGAAAAUAAAAAGACCUAAUGUUCUCUUUAAAAUGCACCAUAGAUUCAGAGAGCAAAGUGACAGGACUGAAAAAUAUGAUCUUGUUCCUGAACUCAAAUAAAAAAACCUUUUUUCCAGCA